CUGGAAGAGUCACCCAACUGCCUGCCAUUGGCAACGUCGCCAAACCACGUUGUGUUUGUGUCCGUUUAACGCGCUGCCUAUCACGCUGCUGAGUUGUAUUUAACCAUUUACACCCUAAAAGGCCCUUGGCGAAAUCCCGCAAAGAAGGCAUAGGGGUAUAUUUGAACACAUUACCGAAAGAAACAAUUGAAAGGAGAAAGAGAAGAAAAUUACGAUUAGCAUAAUAAAUAAUGUAUGCGGUGUAGCAGCACCGAAUGAGGGUGUUGUCUCGAGCUCAGCUACCUGUCGACACAUGCAGAAUGCAAUGAAAAUGAGUCUUCUUGAAAUAAGUGAAAACGUGAAGUUGGGCAGAGAAUUCGCCUUAUUGGGAAAUUAUGAUUCUGCAUUGGUAUACUAUCAGGGCGUGGUUGAGCAGAUUCAAAAAUAUUUAUCCUCUGUCAUAGAUCCUACAUACAAGCAGAAAUGGAAUCAGAUAUGGCAAGAGAUAAAUGAAGAAUGUCAGCACGUCAAAGAGAUUAUGGCAACGUUAGAUGGGUUUAAGAAUAACAAUUCUCCAUUGAAGGCUGUUCGGCAUGAAGGGCCAGCGCAUGAUUUAGAUGUCUGGUCAUUGCCUGUGCCUGUAGAGCGCAAACCAUCGCCACCCCGAAGAAAACGACAAUCCGCUCCAUGCAAUGACCUUAGAGCUCCUCAGAAAGAUCGCCUAGGGGCUCCAGUUAAAGGUUCUACCCGUCCAGUAUCUCGACAAGGAAACAAUGACAAAGCAAAAGUAAACAAAGCCAAGGAAAAGAAAGGGAAGGAGGACAAGAUCAAACAAACUGAUGCCUCUGAAAGUGAGCCCAAAAAAUUUGAUGGGUCUGGAAAUGACCGGGAUUUGGUGGAAGCUUUAGAGAGAGAUAUAAUAUCACAAAAUCCAAAUGUUCGAUGGGAUGAUAUAGCAGAUCUGGUAGUAGCAAAAAAAUUGCUGGAAGAAGCAGUAGUUCUGCCUAUGUGGAUGCCUGACUUCUUUAAGGGAAUCAGACGCCCUUGGAAAGGAGUUCUGAUGGUUGGCCCCCCAGGAACUGGAAAAACAAUGUUGGCUAAAGCUGUUGCGACAGAAUGUGGAACAACAUUUUUCAACAUUUCAUCUUCAUCACUUACAUCCAAGUAUAGGGGAGAGUCAGAGAAACUGGUUCGCCUUCUGUUUGAAAUGGCCAGAUUUUAUGCCCCAACAACCAUUUUCAUUGAUGAAAUUGACUCCAUUUGCAGUCGUAGAGGAACUGCUGAAGAACAUGAAGCGAGCAGAAGAGUGAAAGCAGAACUCCUCGUUCAGAUGGAUGGUGUUGGAAGUGCAUCAGAUAAUGAUGAACCUUCCAAGAUGGUUAUGGUUCUGGCGGCAACUAAUUUUCCAUGGGAUAUUGAUGAAGCUCUAAGGCGGCGACUGGAAAAGCGGAUUUACAUUCCUCUACCUUCAGCAACCGGCAGAGAGGAGCUUUUGCUGAUAAAUCUGCGAGAACUGGAAGUGGCAGAUGAUGUGGAUGUCAAAAAAAUAGCUGAACAAAUGGAAGGGUAUUCUGGAGCAGAUAUUACCAAUGUUUGCAGGGAUGCCUCCAUGAUGGCCAUGCGACGUCGCAUCGAGGGCCUCUCUCCUGAGGAAAUACGAAAUAUUUCCAGGGAUGAAUUACAGAUGCCAACAACCAUGGAAGAUUUUGGAAUGGCAUUGAAAAAAGUUUCAAAGUCUGUUUCUGCAGCUGAUCUUGAGAAAUAUGAGAAAUGGAUUGCUGAGUUUGGCUCCUGUUGACCAACAUAGACAUCUUUUAAUUAGUAGAAGCUAUAUAUUUUGGGUUCCUCGGGUAAAACAAAAGAUUGCCUUCUCAACCACAGGCCAAAAGUAAUUGGCGAGAGUGCCUUACUUACAUUGAAUGUCAGAAUUCGUGCUUAUUUCUUUGAUGUUUAACUUUAUAGAUUUUUUUAUUUAAACCACAG